AUGGAGAGCAGCCAGGUAGAAGCCCGGAAGGCCAGACUCCUCUACCAGGAUGUUUGCAGGGCAGCUCGGCGUCUCGACUGUUUCCUUCUAAAACGAAAUGCCCACGAAGAGCUUUUCAAGCCUCAUGUCCUGGCCCUCAGGGAUAUGGUCCAGCAAGUCUGCAUUAAACUCAUGUUUCUGCACCCAGUGGAUUAUGGGAGGAAAGCAGAAGAGCUGCUCUGGAGGAAAACGUACUCUGACGUGGCUCUGCUGCUGCUUAAGCCCAACAGAAGGAACACGGACUCCUCCAAACAGUGGGAAGGCCCCCUGCGGACUCAUCUGAAGGGUGGCCUCAGGUUCUAUGAACACCUUUUCCUGUUCUUGCAGGCGCACUACCAGCUGGGCUUAUGGCGCUACAUCGACUGGCCUCACAGUGCCAUCCGCUUCAUCGGCUGCCAGAGAGCGGGCCCUGCGUCGGAGGAGGAGGUGGACUGGGCGCGAAUGGCCUGCCACCGCUGCCUGCUGUACCUGGGAGACUUGUUCCGCUUUCAGAAUGAGUUCCUGGCCCUGCACACCACGGACCUGGCAGAGAAGUGUUAUUACCGAGCCCUGUCAGUGGCUCCACACAUGGGCAUGCCCUUCAACCAGCUGGGAGCUCUCACGGGGAGCAAGUACUAUGACGUGGAAGCCACAUACUUCUACCAGCGCUGCCUCCACUCGGAAGUGCCUUUUAAAGGGGCGUCUUGGAACCUCAAACGACUCUACUAUCACGCGGGAAAAAGAUACAGCCGGCUGAAGAGGUGCCAGAGGAAGAAGCUCUCUCCCAGCCAGAGGCGGUGUUGGGAUAACAAAAGGUUACUGGUUAGCUUCCUCUACCUUCAGAGCCUCUUGCAGCCUCAGAGGAAAUUCAGAGCCUCCAGGCUCAUGGCCCUGUGCCAGCUGGUUCUGGAAGACUUCCGUCUCUGUCUGUCCUAUCGGCCCUGCCCAUCUGACCAGAGCCAGGCCUCCAAGGAGAGAAAGCCCGCAAGAGGCUACCAGUUCCUCCCGGACCUCCUCAUCUUCCGCAUGGUGGUCCUCUGCCUCAUGAGCGUGCACAGCCUGCGGACAGCGGGCUCCCAGCAGCACAGGACAGCGGUCACCUUCACUUUGACCCUUUUCUCCCAUUUAAUUCAACACGUGACGAUGCGCCUCCAGGCUGAGCUCCAGAGAGGGAAGCUGACUCCAGAAGCGGACAUCCCCAGGGACGAGGAAGACCAACAGAAGGUGGAGGCCGGGGCGAGGCAACAAGACCCUCCAGCCCCCUGCCCUGGGCCCUGCCACAGCAAAUCUCAGAAAACCCACAGGUCAUCUCACGUUUCCACUGUGGGUGACAACCCGGAAGCCAGUUUUCAUUCUUGCUGUGACUGGGAUGAGACAGACGAAGAUGAAAACACAUCCUUAUGCUCACAAGUCAGUUCAGAACUCAGCAGUGAAACCACUUAUUCAGACACGACUGAUGACGAGGAAAGUGGCUCCCUGAAUCCACAAGCAAUGCAGGAGGGUGGAGCCAAAUCCAAAGAUAGAAUUUCCCCUCCUGGGGAUAAGCUGAAGACGUGUCAACCUCCCAGUCAUCUCCUAGGUCUCUUAAAAACAACCAGUUCCGCUAGCCUGUCAGCCCCGUCCAGCCACAAGCUCCCAGGCAAACGUGGCUUUCACUUGGCUCCUGUCUUCAGCCACAGUUUCCUGACGCCUCCAAGUCCUGCCUCCAGCAAAGCAUCUGUCACAGAGGAUGGCGUGAGCAGCUGUCUUGAGACAGAGCCUCCUGCUGGCUGCAACUCGGGGCAGAACGCCUCCAUCAGCCAACCCUGCAGCAAUCUCCAGACCAUUCAGAAGAAACUGCAGGUCCUCUCUGCAGAGGGGCUGCUGCCCACGGUCAAGGUGAUACUGGGCUGGCUCCGCGCCAACUGCAGUCUCCUCACCGCACGUCGGUGGAGCCUGUUUUGCCUUUGGGACCACCUGUCCAUGCUGCUGAACCUGCUGCCCUCUGUGAGAGACCUUCAGGAGCCAGGCCUGGGCCUGUCCCACCAUCUCCGUGAGCUACUGCAGAGCUGCAAGGGCCCACACCUUCCCCGGUUCCUGCAGCUCCCAGAGGACAUUGCCCUGGGCCAGCACUGGUUACGGCAGGCUUCUCAGGAGAGGGCGGGCUUGGGGCAGGACCCACCUCCACUCAGCUCCCGGGAUGAAGCUGCUGUGCGUGUCUGUUUCCUCAGAAGCUUUGGCCACUUCGCCACGACACUCCCUGGACAGUUCCUGAGGUACGACUCUCAUUCAGGGGUCUUUGUGAGCACUGGGUUUGAAGGACCAGACAACCCACCUCAGCAGUUGCUAGAGAAAACUUCCAGGAUCAGAUUUUUCAAAGACAUAGUACAACUGUGCCUUCAACGUGAGGUGGUGCUGCUGGAGAAGACUCUCAGGCACAUCCAGAUUCAGUCAACUUUGACCCCUUACCUGCUCCCUGACCCCCAGGCCCUCUGUGAGCACCUGCCAGUCAUCCGGCAGCUUGCCACCAGCGGUCAGUUUCUCCUCAUCGUACCCAGCAUUGUGGUGGACAUACUGUAUAUCCUGAGAAGGGAGGACAAGCGGGCUUCGGCAGCCAUCACCUUCCUAGAGGGGGAGCUGAAGAGAGGGAACCAGUACCUUCUCUGCCAGUCCUGUGUGUCUGUGACACUGGUGAGACCCAGGAUGACCAGGCCAGACUCUGAUGCCUGGGACCUCUAUAACAUGCUUGACUUCUGCAGAGGCCUGCUGGACUCAUCCUGGCUGGAGACCCCAGACCACAGCAGUAUGAUCACCAUCCUCACGGGCAUCUGUUUAGACAACCCUCGGAAUCUCUCAUACCCCCUGCAGCUGGUGCUGGGGGCGGCAACUGAAGCGGGUGUGGAAGUUAGGAACGUCCUGCGCUUCUACAGGAAGUGGAAGAUGGUCAGCUGA